CUAGGACAGCACAUACUCUCUUCACCAAAAUAUUCACACCCCCAUAAUCAUAAUCAUAGCCAAGAAAAUGAAGACUCUGAGUCUUGCAUGCUUAUUAGUCUUCCUCACGUUCUCUGCCUUCAAAUUCAAUCCUUCCAAUGCAAAACAAACGCACCCCAUUUCAGAUAAUAACAUGCUCAAUACUAUUGACCACUUGCGAGAUAGAAUCUACCAAUGGAGAAAUGAAGCACAAGAGUCACAAACAUUUGUUUCAUGGCUUAUGGUUCUUGCAGGAGUGCUAUGCUUCAUAGCUUCUUCCAUAUCUAGUGCUGGUGGAAUAGGUGGUGGUGGCCUUUUCAUACCAAUACUAACAAUUGUGGCUGGCUUGGACCUUAAAACAGCUUCAAGUCUCUCUGCUUUCAUGGUCACAGGAGGGUCAAUAGCAAAUGUUAUGUGCAAUCUAUGCAGAAAAAGUACUAAACUUGGGGGGAAGUCAUUGAUUGACUAUGACAUAGCUCUUUUGUCCGAACCAUGUAUGUUGCUGGGAGUGAGUGUGGGAGUUAUCUGCAACCUUGUUUUCCCAGAAUGGUUGAUCACUGCGCUUUUUGCAGUCUUUCUUGCUUGGUGUACCUCAAAGACUUGCAAUAGCGCAAUGCGGUUUUGGAGGAAUGAGUCAGAAGAGAUGAGGAAAAAAUUUGGACUUGCUGAGAAGCUUGAGAAGGGGCAGCUAGGAAAUGAGGUAGGUACCACUGAGGAAAACAAAGAAAAUGAAGGGUCAAAGAGCAUUGAAGAGCCUCUUCUUAUUCCUGAAGUCAACAGCAACGAGAGACUCCCUUGGUUGAAAUUGGGGGUCUUGUUUUUGGUCUGGUUCUCCUUCUUUUCUGUCUAUCUUCUUCGCGGCAACAAAUAUGGACAGAGCAUCAUUCCAAUGGAGCCAUGUGGAUUAGAAUACUGGAUUCUGUCAUCAGUUCAAGUACCACUUGCUGUGGUUUUCACAGCUUGGAUUGUAUUUCGGAAAGAGAGACUUCAAGACCAACAAGAGAUAACUUCCAUUGAAAUGACGUUGCAGUGUCCAGACCUGACAAAAAAUAGUGCUUCGCACAAGCUUGUUUUUCCAUUGAUGGCAUUUCUGGCAGGGCUGUUGGGCGGCGUCUUUGGCAUUGGUGGUGGAAUGCUGAUAAGUCCGUUUCUUCUUCAAGUCGGAGUAGCUCCUGAGGUAACAGCAGCAACAUGUUCAUUCAUGGUUUUCUUCUCUUCAGUCAUGUCAGCGUUGCAAUAUCUGCUGUUGGGGAUGGAACAUAUAGAAAUUGCUCUCAUACUGGCUACAAUAAGUUUUAUUGCAUCUCUUCUGGGGUUAUUGGUGGUUCAGAAAGCAAUUCAGAAGUAUGGAAGGACCUCUUUGAUUGUUUUCUCAGUUGGUAUCGUGAUGUCUUUAAGUGCUGUUCUAAUGACAAGCUUUGGAGCCAUUGAGGUUUGGAAAGACUACAAUUCAGGGAAAUACAUGGGGUUCAAACUACCCUGUUGAGUAUUGAGAACAAUUUUGUUAGAACAAUUUCGUUCUCACUAGAUAACUUGUCAUCAAAUAUCAUAUAUAUAAAUAAUAUUAUAGAC